GAGAAAUAGAUUUGAGAGGGGUUUGAGAUUGGAGAUUCGUGAAAAGUUGGCAGUGCAACCACCUACCUUUAUUGCUUUAUUGGAAGCUGCAACAAGAGCAGAAGAAUUAUUCUUAGAAAGAAAUAUAUUAGAAGCAAAGAAAAAGAAGAUAAUUGGGACAUUUACUCCAUCUUUCUCUAGAGGUACCUCAUUUACACCUAGGGGAGGAUCAGGAGGUCAGCGAAGAGGUUUUAGAGGAAGGGGUAGUUAUCAGUUUAGAGGGCCAAGUAGUAUAACUUUGGGUAGAAGUGGUGGAUCAGUGAACAUGCGAGGUAAUUCUGGGUUUACUGGUAGAGGAUAUAGACCCGUUUGUGGCACUUGUGGAAGGACCCAUUCAGGAGAGUGUUGGGGACCGAGAGUGCAGGUUUGUUAUAGAUGUGGGAAACCUGGGCAUUAUGCCAAUGAGUGUGUGGUAGGUAGAGGAGCAUCGAGUACCUACCAUUCAGGAGGACAAAGUAGUGUUGGGGAUAAUGUAGUACCUACAACGACUAGUCGUGGUAGAGGUAGGGGAGGUAGAAGUGCAGCUAUAGCAGCAUAUGUCCAUAUUGAAGAUGCGAACCAAUCCUUACCGCAGGCAAGAGUGUAUGCUGUUACGAGGCAGGAAGCAACUACUUCUCCAGAGAUAAUAACUGGUUCAUCCAAAGGCAAGGAAGUGGUAAGAGAAAAAGAAUAG